CUCGCUGCAGACAGACCAACGUUGCGACUGGUGGACGUCUGACGUUUCUCCGGACUCUGAGGUGAAACCUGGACGUAACUGAGCAUCAUGGAACACGUGAAUGGACGCAACCUGAACCUGCAGCACAGGAUCCCAGAAGGAGCCUGAUCCCUUCAGACCAUCAAGCUGCGAAGCCAAGCCAACGGGUUGUUAAACUGGGUUCUGAUCCGGCCUGGAGCGCGUUCCCAGUCAAACCAGCAGCAGAGCCCCGUCCACCCACAGAAAGGAGGCACAGCAUCAUGGAGGAGCUGGACACCGGACACGACCCCAGGACGGCAUCCGGGCUCCGGUCCGGGUUCUCCCAGGCCCACGCCGGGCUCCUCGCGCCCCCUCCCGCGUCCCCACAGCCGCUCAGCCCGCUCACUCACCUGGAGACGCUGCUGGACGCACGCGACGCACGCGACGCACCGGCGGCGGGAGGCUUCGACAGGAGACUGGAUCCAGGUUUUCAAGGCUGCCCUUUUCUGGGGAGCGGAUCUCACACAGACCAGACCGUGCUCAUCCUCCACGCCAAGGUGGCCCAGAAGUCCUACGGCAACGAGAAAAGGUUCUUCUGCCCUCCUCCCUGUGUUUACGUCAGCGGCCACGGCUGGAGACUCCUGCAGGAACGUGUGAAAGCCGCAGACGGUGGAGACGCUCUGAACCCCGUGUGUGGCUACAUGUGUCUGGACAGCUCCCGGCAGAGCCAGGCAGACGUCUUCAAGCUGAUGUUUGAGGAACAGCCCGACUCCAGGAUGUUCGCCUGUGCCAAGUCGCUGUUCAUCUCCGACCAGGACAAGAGGAAGCACUUCCGGCUGCUGCUGCAGCUGUUUGUGGGGAACCGACAGGAAGUGGGCUCCUUCCAGAGCCGCAUGAUCAAAGUCAUCUCCAAACCGUCGCAGAAGAGGCAGUCGAUGAAGAACGCAGACCUGUGCAUCUCCUCGUGCUCCAGAGUGGCUCUGUUCAACCGGCUCCGCUCUCAGACCGUCAGCACGCGCUACCUGUGUGUGGACAGAGGAGGCUUCAUCGCCAGCGCCAGGCAGUGGACGGCCUUCACCGUCACCAUGGCCGAGGCCCAGCGUGACCAGGGGGACUAUGUGCUGAGUGAAGGCUUCAUCUGCUACGGAUGUGUGGUCCAGUUAGUGUGCACCGAGUCUGGAGUGGCUCUACCACCUAUGGUGAUCCGUAAGGUCAACAAGCAGCACGCCGUCCUGGACGUGGACGAGCCGGUCUCUCAGCUCCACAAGUGCAGCUUCCAGUUCAGAGACGAGCCCCACGCCUUCCUGUGUCUGUGCAACGACGCCAUCGUCCAGUACCGGGCUCAGCCCAGUCUCAGAGAACCCAGCAGAGUGGUUCUGAGCGACGGCGCCUGUUGGACCAUCAUUGGAGUGGAAGCGGUGGAGUUCACCUUUAACCAGGGUCCAGCCUGCGUCCAGACACCAGUCAGUCCGUUCCCAGUUAUCACUGGUUUAGAGGUGAACGGUGGAGGACACGUCGCCACGCUGGAGGUCAGUGGAGAAAACUUCAGUCCUCAUCUCAAAGUGUGGUUUGGAAACACGGAGGCCGAGACCAUGUUCAGGUCUCCUAAGUCCCUGCUCUGCGUGGUUCCGGACGUCUCCGUGUUCAGGGACGGCUGGCGCUCUCUGCGGCGCCUCGUCUCCGUCCCGCUGGCUCUGGUCCGGUCCGACGGCCUCGUCUACCGCACCUCCUUCAGCUUCAGCUACAGCCCGGAGCUCCACCCCCCUCCGAGCGUCCGAGCGGCGGCAGCAGGAGGCGCAGACGGAGGAGCAGACGUGGGCCCAGACGACGACGUCCUGCUGGAGAGCAUCCACCAGGAGUUCACCAGAGCCAACUUCCACCUGUUCAUGCAGAGCUAGAACCGGGCUUUAGUUCUGCUCCGGUGGAAAUGUCUGUUUGUCCAGAACCAGCGUCAGAUAAUAAAGAGCUUCUUGAAAUCCUAA